GCGACCUCGUUCUGGCGGAGCCAUUUGUCCCUUAGCUCUCGCCGUAGCAGCCGCCGCCCAUCCCUCUUUGUGUGCACUAAGAAUCCGCCCGAGCUUGUGGUGGCUACAGUUGGCGUUGGGGCUUAGACUAGGGACGUUGCCGGGAAGUUGUAGAAGGGACGACUCUUCCCCAUCCCGCCACCUGACAGGUCACAAACAUGUCGGACAAAAGUGAAUUAAAGGCUGAAUUGGAACGUAAGAAACAGCGAUUGGCCCAAAUCAGAGAGGAAAAGAAGAGAAAAGAAGAAGAAAGGAAAAAAAAAGAAACUGAUCAGAAAAAGGAAGCUGUUGCUCCUGUGCAAGAAGAAUCAGAUCUUGAAAAGAAAAGAAGAGAAGCUGAAGCAUUGCUUCAAAGCAUGGGGCUAACUACAGAACCCCCCAUUGUCCCUCCUCCUAUGUCUCCAUCUUCCAAGUCUGUGAGUACGCCAAGUGAAGCUGGAAGCCAAGACUCUGGAGAUGGUGCCGUGGGAUCUAGACGAGGACCUAUUAAACUUGGAAUGGCCAAAAUUACGCAAGUUGACUUUCCUCCUCGAGAAAUUGUCACAUAUACUAAGGAAACUCAGACUCCAGUUAUGGCUCAACCCAAAGAAGAUGAAGAGGAAGAUGAUGAUGUAGUGACUCCUAAACCACCUAUUGAACCUGAAGAAGAGAAAGUUUUAAAAAAAGAUGAAGAAAAUGAAAGUAAAGCUCCGCCUCAUGAGCUGACUGAAGAAGAAAAGCAACAAAUCUUACACUCAGAGGAAUUUUUAAGUUUCUUUGACCAUUCUACAAGAAUUGUAGAAAGAGCUCUUUCUGAACAGAUUAACAUCUUCUUUGACUAUAGUGGGAGAGAUCUGGAAGACAAAGAAGGAGAGAUUCAAGCAGGUGCUAAACUAUCAUUAAACCGGCAAUUUUUUGAUGAACGUUGGUCAAAGCAUCGGGUUGUUAGUUGUUUGGAUUGGUCAUCUCAGUAUCCUGAGUUACUUGUGGCUUCCUAUAAUAACAAUGAAGAUGCUCCUCAUGAACCUGAUGGUGUUGCCCUUGUAUGGAAUAUGAAAUACAAAAAAACUACUCCAGAGUAUGUGUUCCACUGCCAGUCAGCUGUGAUGUCUGCUACAUUUGCAAAAUUUCAUCCAAAUCUUGUUGUUGGUGGUACAUAUUCAGGCCAAAUUGUGCUUUGGGAUAACCGUAGCAAUAAAAGAACACCAGUGCAGAGAACUCCACUGUCAGCUGCUGCACACACACAUCCUGUCUAUUGUGUAAAUGUCGUUGGAACACAAAAUGCUCACAAUCUGAUCAGCAUCUCCACUGAUGGAAAAAUAUGUUCAUGGAGUCUGGACAUGCUUUCCCACCCACAGGAUAGCAUGGAGUUGGUUCACAAACAGUCAAAGGCAGUAGCUGUGACAUCUAUGUCUUUCCCUGUUGGAGAUGUCAACAACUUUGUUGUUGGGAGUGAAGAAGGUUCUGUGUACACAGCAUGCCGCCAUGGCAGCAAAGCUGGAAUUAGUGAGAUGUUUGAGGGACAUCAAGGACCAAUCACUGGCAUCCAUUGUCAUGCAGCUGUUGGAGCAGUAGACUUCUCACAUCUUUUUGUCACUUCAUCAUUUGACUGGACAGUAAAACUUUGGACAACUAAGAAUAACAAGCCUUUAUACUCAUUUGAAGAUAAUUCAGACUACGUUUAUGAUGUUAUGUGGUCACCCACCCACCCAGCCCUGUUUGCCUGUGUUGAUGGCAUGGGGAGAUUGGAUUUGUGGAAUCUCAAUAAUGAUACAGAGGUACCAACUGCCAGCAUUUCUGUGGAGGGUAAUCCUGCUCUUAAUCGUGUAAGAUGGACCCAUUCUGGAAGAGAGAUUGCCGUGGGUGAUUCUGAAGGACAGAUUGUUAUAUAUGAUGUGGGAGAGCAGAUUGCCGUUCCCCGCAAUGAUGAAUGGGCACGAUUCGGCCGAACACUCGCAGAAAUUAAUGCAAACCGAGCUGAUGCAGAAGAGGAAGCAGCUACCCGAAUACCUGCUUAGUUCCUAAAAAGAGGAGUAUAGCCUUUAGUGGACUGGGGGAAGGCUCUACAGUAGAUCCUAAGACUAUUUGCAUGCUUUUGUCUAAAUGAUAAUUAAAGAGAAAUUUCAUGGAUUAAACUGUUGAUUUAAUGCAGCAAGCAAAUCUUACAGUGCCCCUUUUAUAUUAACAUGCAUUUUUUUAUUUGUCAUUUUUAAUACAGCUGACUGACUUUACAGAACACAGGGAUAUAUUUAAUACUAUUCUUUUGAAUUCUUUUCGAUUUAUAACACUAUAUACAGUUAUUUCUAAAGCACAGAUUAAAUAAGUUCUGCAUAUUUUAAAUAAUCACAAUUCCCUGUUAAACUUGUAAUGUUCUCACUAGUCAUAAUAUAAACAUUGUUUCUUCUUAGUUGCAGCAUGCAUACACCUAUCCAAGUUGCAUUCUAACAUCCUUUCUCUUUAUAGUUCAUGUGGUAGUUACCUAUAAAUAAAAGCAAAUAUGUGCUAACUUUU